AUGGGUGGCAAGGCCUUCGCUCACGCCAAUCCUCCCCUGGAGACACCUCGAAUGUCUCACUCGGCAUAUCUAGAGGCCAAAAACACAGUCAUUCGACGCCUGAAUGAGAAAUUCUUCUGGACUAAUGUUCCGAUGGAAGGCCCUGGCAAAGAAGACCACGGCGACGUCGAUGUCCUCGUCUGCGAGAUGAAAGGAAUCGAUAUCUUCAAGGAGACUGUACUUGAUGCCAUCUCUAACGCCCUUGGAGCUGAAUCCAGAAUCACUGAAGGUGGCGCCAGUCACUUCUCUGCUCACUUCGCUAUCCCAUGGCCUGAGCAUAUCCCUCUUCCCCAGGCAAAGGGAAAACCAACUCUUCGUCCACCGGUUGUUUCCAUCACUCCUCCGUCACCUCCACGACCUUCUGCUCGUUCUACUGUGACUACCGCUCCUGGAAACCUGUUCAAGCUUUCUGAAAACGUUCCUACAGUUCCUACUGUCAGCACUACUACUGGAAAGCCUCCCCUGGAUUCAACUUUGCCUUCUCCUUUCGGUCCACACCCUAACCCCCUUGGUUCAAACCCUGCCCCCUACAUCAAAGAAGCUUCUAGUCCUGACGCAGAGCCAAGUGCCGCGAAGGACUCAAAAUCAAACGAACAAACCGACGCUACAGUUGCAGACUCACAGACGAAGCCCUCAGCACACGAUUCUGAUGGCGUUAGUAUCACCUCUUCAGAGCGUAGUCAAGCAUCUGCUGCAACGGCUCCUGUGACUGGCAAAUGGGGAACCCUCUCUUAUAUCAAGAGAAAAAUGAAAUCCGGCGACUCAUCUACUCGUUCCUUUUCACUAUCUACAAUGUUCAAGCGUGGCAAGUCAGGCCGAGAUUCUGUUGCAUCAAACUCUACCCGCGGAACUCUUGAAAAGAUCAAUAGUUCCUUUUCAGAGCCUGGGGCUGCCCUUCCAGCCGUUCCUGGACAUGGAAAUUUCAGAAUCAAGAGAAGGACUGUCCCAAAGUCGAUCCUGACUGAUAACCCUUUCGUUCCCCUGCCUUCUGGUCCAGUUCACGAAAACCCUUUUCGUGACCCUGCCCGCGUAUUCAUUCAAGUCGAUGUCCGGUAUUGUCUCUCAAGAAAGCAAGCUAAGUACUUGCGUUUCUUCGAGUCGCAUGGCGACUUGUGGCAAAUCGUGGGAUCCAUCAUCAGUCCCUAUGGUCUCACCGUGGACGACAAAGGUCUUCACAUCCGGGUAGAGGAAGGGGAACGCAUCAACCGUAAGAAAGCUAAGAUCCUCCUUACCAGCAAGCCGGAUGAAAUCCUGAUGUUCCUUGGGCUCCCCGUUGCUGAAUACUGGCGACCCUUUGCCACCACCAACGCUAUGUUUGAGUACAUAGCCAAAUGUCCCAUGUUCUCUCGAGGAGGCUGCAGCACCUUUAAGGAAGAGAUGGGCGUCGUCACUGCUAACGAGCGUCGACGCAUGGCCUCGCGUCCUGUCUAUCGAGAAUGGGUUCAGGAGUUCAAGCCUCGCUUCCUACAGAGAGAUUUGGAUUUCGGGAGCCCCUUGACCCGUGAUGACAUCAAGGAGAAGGCCUUCUAUACUUUCAAGAUACAGUCUGAGUACCACGCCCGAGUCCGAUCAUUCAUCCUGGGCUCACAAAGAGAGGAGCUCCGAAAGUUCAUCAAGUCGGUCAUCCCCCUAGAGGACAACUCCACCCCGGCCAGACAAAGACGAUCCAAGGCAAUUAAGGCCAUGUCCGCCAUCGUCAUUGAUGGCAUGGAUGCUUCCGAGUUCGGGAUCGCCGCCCCGGCCAAGCUCCUCCGGGGAAAUGGGACGUGGAACAUGCCACGAACCGAGGAGUGGAUUCGCACCAAGGUGCACUUCGUUGGCCGCUAUGCCAACAUGAACGCGGCAGAAAAGGAGAAGUUGAGGGCAGAGUCGGCGAAGAGGAAGGCAGAGCGCGGCUAG